AUGCUAUUUUCUACACAUUGCCUGCUUUUUAUUGCAUUCUUAAUACCCCUUUUCCCGGUUUAUGCCGUUGCAAAUGAUGCCCUAGCACGAGCGCGAACAGCAUUCGACACUCUCCAAACAUGGUACAAUGCGACAAACGGACUCUGGAACACUCGUCAAUGGUGGAACUCGGCCAGCUGUAUGACUACGAUCGCGAAAAUGGCUGCCAUUGACCCAUUAGUCGUGGAUACUGCAGUCUAUGUGUUCAACAAUACUUUUAACCGAGCUCCGAGCUCUAACCCACACCCAGGCCCGGAAGUUAAGACAGGUUUCCCGCAAAAUCAUACAUCUUCAAGAGCGAACGAUUCGGGGAAUGCUUCACAGUGGUUGGACUCUGCCUACGACGACGAUGGAUGGUGGGCCCUUGCAUGGAUUGCUGCGUACGAUGUCACUGAGGAUAGCGCCUACCUCGAACUAGCAGAGGGGAUUUUCUCGAGUCUGACUGCUGCUUGGGGUACCAGCUGUGGUAGCGGUGGCCUACCAUGGAACCCCACCAGCACGUACGUGAAUGCCAUAACAAAUGAGCUUUUUCUAUCGAUUGCGGCACACUUGGCCAAUCGGGUGCCAUCUAGACAAGAGGAAUAUGUAGAUUGGGCGCAGAAAGAGUGGGACUGGUUCGCUUCUCAGGGCUUUAUGGGAGAAAACAACACCAUUAGCGACGGGCUUUUGGAUAACUGCAAAAAUAAUGGUCAAACUAUGUGCGCUUGCCGUCCCACAGACCUAUUUGUCUUCUCCAGCUUAUCUCUGUCCAGAUGGUCCUAUAACCAAGGGGUCGUUCUCGGCGGUCUUGUCGAGCUAAACAAGGCUGCACCGAAUGUCAAACUCCUUGAAUUCGCCAACAUGAUCGCGAAAGCUGCAAUUGGAACUCUUUCCGAUUCCAACAUGAUAAUUCACGAGUUAUGCGAGCCAAAUGACUGUGCUCCGGAUGCUACUCAGUUCAAAGGCAUCUUCAUCCGCAACCUGCAAAUGUUGCAAGAAGCAUCCCCCCAUCACAUUUAUAAGCAGGUCAUCGACAGCUGCGCAAAAAGUAUUUGGGCGAACGAUAGGAACUCUCAAAAUCAGCUUGGUGUCAAUUGGGCAGGCCCUUUUAUGGAUCCGGCGGAUGUGUCAACUCACAGCUCGGCAAUGGACGCACUUCUUGCUGCUAUCACGGGCUAA